AUGCCGCCCGCCACCCGCCGCAACGAAUGGCAGUUCCGCCCAGGGACAUACACCCCUCGCGAGUUCAUCCGCGAGAUCGCCGUCCUGCUCGAGAGCGUCAUCGUCCAGCUGGGCCCCGACAAGCCUGGCGAGCCCGACUCGCGCUCCAUCUUCAUGGACGGGCUCCGGUCCAGCCUCUCGCACGAAGGCCGCGAGGCCACGCUGCCCCUAGCCGACUGGAACGACGAGCACCCGUCAGAGCUGACCCGGCACAUCCUGCGCAUCGGCAAGGCCAUCUACCAAUACGCCAGCGAGUCCCUCGGCGCCGUGCCCGGCAAUCCCGCCCUGACGGUCUACAGCCCCUGCGAAGGCCACAAGUGGGUGCCGCCGGCGGGCCGGCUGCUGCGCAGCGAGCGCAGCUCGCCCGUGCUCAUGAUGCUGUACAACGAGUGGCUGCACCAGAUCACCUGCCUGCGCGACGGCCUGAUCGCGUUUGACAACUUCGAGGACGUCGUGCUCAACCUGACCGACGCGGAGCGCCCGGGAACGCGGCCGAUGCAGGACGUCCGGGAGGCUUUGCUGGCGCAGAUCGCUCGGGGCCGGGUCUCGCGCGAGACGCUCCUCGAAACGGCCAAGGUGCUCACGGCGCCGGACCUGCCCGCCGGCGGCUACGGCUUUCAGUACGACCAUGGAGUGGUGCUCCCUGCCGCGCUCUUCUCCGGGGCAGGUUCCAGCCUGUUUCUUCGCUACAGCCCCACUCGGCUC